CGUGCUUAACGGCUUAACCCCUACUCAAUUGAUAUCUGUAUUGCAGCUGUUAGGACUUUGGACCUUGUCGUCACUCAUAUAAAGCACUAUUUUUCUACUUUUUAAUAUAUUGAAAACGAGAAAAGAAAUCAAAUUUCCAUAACAAUGUUUUCCACCUGCAUCAAAACAUUACGGACUACUCGUAAAUUUGGCUCACUGAUACGUUAUGAGUCUACCUUGGUCAUUGCAGAACAUAACAACGAAAAUUUACUACCAAUUACUUGCAACACAUUAACAGCUGCCAAAAAAAUUGGUGGUGAUAUAACUGUAUUGGUUGCUGGUACAAAGUGCGAUACAGUAGCACAGAAUGUAUGUAAGGCCAAAGAUGUUUCCAAAAUUCUUCUCGCAGACAGUGAUGCAUUUAAAGGAUUUACUGCAGAAUCAUUGACACCGCUUAUACUUAAACUAUAUAAUGAGCAUAAAUUCACACAUAUAUUAGCUGGUGCAAGUGCAUUUGGCAAAGCGUUGCUUCCCAGGAUUGCAGCAAAGUUAGAUGUAUCGCCAAUAAGUGAUAUUAUUGAUGUAAAAACAUCAGAUACUUUUGUACGCACUAUAUAUGCUGGUAAUGCUAUUCAAACUCUUAAAUCUAAAGACAAUGUGAAAGUGAUAUCUGUAAGAAGCACUUCUUUUGAACCAUUAUCUUUGGAAGGUGGUAAUGCUAAAUGCGAAACUCUGCCUACUAGUGAUUAUACCUCGAAUCAAGUACAAUAUAUUAAACAAGAGCUCAGUAAAUCUGACAGACCAGAAUUAACAUCUGCUAAAGUCGUAAUUUCUGGUGGACGUGGAAUGAAAUCUGGGGAAAAUUUCAAAUUAUUAUAUACAUUAGCAGAUAAGCUCAAUGCAGCAGUAGGAGCAUCUCGUGCUGCGGUUGAUGCAGGAUUUGUGCCAAAUGAUCUGCAAGUAGGACAAACAGGAAAAAUUGUUGCACCUAAUCUAUAUAUAGCAGUUGGAAUUUCGGGUGCAAUUCAACAUCUUGCUGGCAUGAAGGAUUCUAAGACGAUUGUAGCCAUCAAUAAGGAUCCAGAAGCUCCUAUCUUUCAAGUAGCAGAUUACGGAUUAGUCGCAGAUUUAUUUAAAGCUGUACCCGAACUCACGGAGAAAUUGUAAAUAUUAUAAAUCGUUUAUAUAUAAAUAUUUGUAUUUCGAACA